AUGCUAGCAACCGCUGGCAAGUCAGGUUUGAAGUCACAGGGAACCAUAUCUAGUGCCAAACAACUGCGUGUCGAUCAAAAGAAGUUUGGUUCUCGUUCCAUAAGGAGAUCAGUGCGGAGUGGAUCUAUAAAGCUUAAGCAGACAUACGAACAUUUGCUUGAAAACGGAGAUAUAGGUGCAGCAUCGCGAGUGGUUCCGUCAUCACGAGCUCGGCCUCCUUACUUGGAUAUAAGACUGCUUCAAGCCAAAAGACAGCAGGCAGAAAUGAGACGAAAUCAACGAGAGGAAGACUUGCGUGAAAAUCAUCCACUGUUUGAUACUCCAUUACUAAUAGUGCCGCGGGAAUCGCGCUUCAGAAAAAUAUGUCGUGCAAUAGUUGACGCACGUUAUGACGCACGCCUGAGAGAUCCCGUCACUGGCAACGAGAGAAAAGUUCACUACAAGAGUUUCCAUAACUUCUUGGGUCUGGUAACAUAUAUGGAUUGGGUGAUGAUAAUGGUUACUACUCUCUCUUGUCUCUCAAUGAUGUUUGAAACGCCAACUUAUCGAGUUAUGGAAAACUUCGUUCUUCAGAUUGCAGAGUAUGGUUUUGUUAUUUUCAUGAGUCUAGAAUUGGCUCUAAAAAUUCUAGCCGAUGGCCUAUUUUUCACGCCCAAAGCUUACCUCAAAGAUGCUGCUGCGGUAUUGGAUGUCUUCAUAUAUAUUGUGUCGCUGACAUUUCUAUGUUGGAUGCCGGUACGCGUACCGCCGGGUUCAGCAGCACAAAUGCUGAUGAUUCUGCGAUGCGUGCGGCCGCUCCGCAUAUUCACGCUAGUGCCGCAUAUGCGCAAGGUCGUCUACGAAUUGUGCCGCGGCUUCAAGGAGAUACUGCUUGUAUCGACACUUUUGAUUCUACUGAUGUUCGUAUUCGCAAGCUACGGCGUUCAGCUUUAUGGCGGCAGACUGGCGCGUUGCAACGAUCCAACUAUAACCCGCCGUGAGGACUGCGUCGGUGUAUUCAUGCGGCGCGUAUUCGUCACCAAGAUGAAACUAAGACCCGGCCCUAACGAGACGUUCCCGUCUAUGCUAGUACCUAGAGUCUGGGCUAAUCCGAAACGAUUCAACUUUGACAAUAUCGGUGACGCACUCCUUACUUUAUUCGAAGUGCUCUCAUUUAAAGGAUGGUUGGAUGUUCGUGAUGUUCUUAUCAAGGCGUUAGGUCCAGUACAUGCUUUGUACAUACACGUCUACAUUUUCCUCGGAUGUAUGAUCGGAUUGACUCUCUUCGUGGGUGUGGUGAUUGCCAAUUAUUCAGAAAAUAAAGGCACAGCCUUAUUGACGGUAGACCAACGACGAUGGUGUGAUUUAAAAAAAAGGUUGAAAAUUGCACAGCCUCUUCACCUACCUCCGAGACCUAACAAGAGAAAAGUACGCGCCUUCGCCUAUGAUGUUACACAAAACUUAAUCUUCAAAAGAGUCAUAGCCUUUGUAGUACUAAUAAACAGUGCACUAUUAGCAGUUACAUGGUCGCGGUACUCGCCGUACACGGAAUACUUGGCGUUGACUUCGGCGCUUUUAACGCUAGUGUUCGUUGUGGAAGUGUUGCUGAAGACGAUCGCGUUUACCCCUCGUGGCUAUUGGCAGAGUCGUCGCAAUCGUUACGAUUUACUGGUUACCAUCGCCGGCUGUAUAUGGAUCUUCAUGCAUUUUAUACUCAAGAACGACUUGUCUUACUUCGUGGGAUUCAUGGUGGUGAUUCUUCGCUUCUUCACGAUAACUGGCAAGCACACCACACUCAAGAUGCUAAUGCUGACGGUCGGCGUGAGCGUCUGCAAGAGUUUCUUCAUUAUAUUCGGCAUGUUCCUGCUCGUUUUCUUCUACGCUCUAGCUGGGACUAUCGUUUUCGGCAACGUCAAAUAUGGUGAAGGAAUCGGAAGGAGGGCGAACUUCAACUCGCCUAUACAUAGCGUGGCGAUGCUGUUCCGUAUAGUGACGGGCGAAGACUGGAAUAAAAUUAUGCACGACUGUAUGGUAGCUCCGCCGUACUGUACACCCGCUGAUAACUAUUGGGAGACAGAUUGUGGCAACUUCACCGCCUCGCUGGCAUACUUCUGCACUUUCUACGUCAUCAUUACAUACAUCGUACUCAACUUGCUAGUGGCUAUUAUAAUGGAGAACUUUUCAUUAUUCUAUUCAAAUGAAGAAGAUGCAUUGCUUUCAUAUGCUGACAUAAGAAACUUCCAGAACACUUGGAAUAUUGUGGACGUACACCAAAAAGGAGUAAUACCUGUGCGAAAAGUAAAAAUCAUUCUUCGAUUAUUGAAAGGUCGUUUAGAAUGUGACACACACAAAGAGCGGCUGCUGUUCAAGUACAUGUGCUAUGAAUUGGAACGGCUACACAACGGCGAAGACGUCACUUUCCAUGAUGUUAUCAACAUGCUUUCAUACCGCACCGUAGAUAUUCGUAAGUCGCUGCAGAUGGAGGAAUUGCUUGCCAGAGAAGAGUUUGAGUUCUUGAUUGAAGAAGAAGUGGCUAAACAAACUAUACGUACUUGGCUCGAAGGAUGUCUCAAGAAGAUACGAGCCAAUAGUAGUAAACAACAAACUAGUCUAAUCGCGGGACUAAGGAAAACAAAUGAACAAGCUGUUGAUAUGGAGAAACUCGACAAAGAGAAAUCAGAGACCGAGACACAGCAAACUGUUGCUAAUGUAGGUAGAACAGAAAUAACAGAGUCCGCAUCGCAGCCCGUCAUGACAAGUAUUUCGUCUUUUGACUCCCAGACAAAAAGAUCAUCAACUAAAGGCCCAUUUAAAAGAACUGGUUUACAGUCCGUAGCUUUACCAAGACCGGAGAGUCCCGAAAGAAAGAAAUCAUAUCUGCAGCCCACCUUGAGCGACCCACAUCCUGCAUUGAAUAAAAAAACACAAAGUGUCGGGAAGGUGGGCCCGCGUACUGUUCAGUCAUCACACAACAACUGCGCGCCGCGGCCGCAGCCCGCGCUGCACGACGUGCGCGCCUGGUGGGGGGCGCGCGCUGCCACCACCACACUCACCGCCGCCGCCGUAGCGCAUCCACACCAGGACUAG